UAGGCAACGUUGUCUUUUUGCAUUUAGGCUAAUUUGCUCAACUGCGCCCUGUUAGCUCUAGAUAUUAGCGGCUUUAGAGUGCAGUUACUGGACAAACACAGGAUGGCCGGCUCUCCGUAUGACCCCAGCCGGGCUCCGGUGGCCUACGGCCGGCGGGCGGUGCCUCAGUUGUUCUCGGAGCUGCAGCAGCAGGAGGCGCCGCGGAGGCUGCGGGCUCUGGCCUCACUGUGCGACCUGCUGCGGGACCCGGAGCGGAUCUCCUGCACUGUCAGCGGAGGGUUUCUGGAGCAGUUAAAGGUUUUGCUUAAGGAUGAAGAUUCAAUAGUAAGAGCAAAAACCUGCGAGCUGCUUCAUCUGCUGACCGCCCACAGAAUCGGCAGACAGGCCCUGCUCUCCUCCUCCUUCCUCCCUCACCUCUCAGAGCUGAUGGACGACUCCUCCUCAUCCUGCAGGAGAAACGUCCAACGAGUGCUGAACCGCCUUACUCUGAUGCCUGCAGGUGCAGAGGCUCUUCUGACUCUGGUUCCUAAACUAAUGCUGAAGCUCAGAGAGGAGGAAGAGGAUGUGCAGGUGCUGCUCCUCUCCACCCUCAGCUCCUGCUCCUGUCUGGACCCUCUGCCGGCUCUGGCCUCUGACGGUGUCUCGCUCCUGCUCCACAAACUAUCCGACAGCUCCACAGACAUCCGCAGAGAGGCGACGGCAGCCUUGAUGGCCCUCAGUGUGUGUGAGGACGGUAUGCGGCAGGUGUGUGAGGAGGAGGAGGUGCUUCCUGUCCUGGUCGACCUGCUGCGGGACGAAGACGUAGAGGUUCAGGCCAACGCUGCCGGAGUCAUCAUGUACGCUGCGAUCACCAACGAAGGUAAGCAACAGUGUCUGGACCUGGACGUCAUACCCAUCCUCCUCAGUCUGGUGUCCCAGGACGGAGAGGAGGAGAAGGACAAGGAGAGGAAGAAGGCUCUGGUCAUGUACUCCCUGAGGGCCCUGACCGCGCUGGCUGAAGCUCCGCAGGGCCGCUGCCUCCUUCUGGAGCAGCUCCCCCUGCUGGGGAGGAGGAGCGAGGCUGCAGAGGAGGACCAGGACAUCCGGAGGAACGCUCAGAACGCAGUUAGGGUCAUCACCUGGACUCCCUGCAACACUGGUGAACUCUGACCUCCAGAAUACAGCUGCUAGCCAGCCUCAGCUUAACAGAUAAUAAAUAAUUUUAUGAAUUAUUAA